GGACAAUCACCGGACACAGAGAUAGGCAGGAUUUACGUGUUCGACUUGGACGACUGGGACCUGCCGGACAAGAAGUUCUACUGGGACGGUUUGGAACAUCCGCAGUUCAAGCUGGACGAGGACACCGGUAUGAUUUAUAUGAAGUCGGGCACUCACGACGGUAGAUACCAUCUGCGUUUCAAAGUCUACGACCGGAAGCACACGCAGACCGACGUGCCGGCGAACGUGACGGUCACCGUGAAGACGAUUCCUCACGAGGCUGUAUUGAAUUCCGGAUCGGUUCGAAUAUCUGGUAUAACCGACGAAGAUUUCAUUCGCGUCUGGGAUUACAAAUCGCAGACUGUAUCGCGUAGCAAGGCGGAACUGUUCAGAGAUAAACUGGCGCAUCUGUUGAACAUCGAUAGAGAGAACGUCGACGUGUUCAGCGUUCAGCUGCGUAGGAUGCAUCCGCCGUUGACGGACGUGAGAUUCGCGGCGCACGGCUCGCCGUAUUACAAGCCUGUGAGACUGAACGGGAUCGUGCUGAUGCACCGUGAAGAGGUAAAUUAG